CGCUAGAAGUGGCGGAUCUCGUUUACGUUACCUGGGUAGUUUAGUCUUGAUACAAACUCAGCUUCCCGCUAUGGAACCGAGUGCUCUAUGCCGUAAUGUUAAAGUUGUAGCAAGAGAGGUAGACUGAGGCAAAGUAAACCUAUCCAACAGCGAGUAAACACAGAUGACAAGCCGGCGGAGCAUACUGAUGAUAACAGGGACACUCUCCAUCAUAACAAUGUGUUACGUGGCUAAACAACCAACACACUUAAUUCCCACUGCUUCUAGAAAUGUCACCAUGGCGUCUUCUGGCCUCCUAGUGCCCUGUCCCAGUGACGUCACCAUGUGUCCCAGUAACGUCACAAUGACGUACCCCAGUAACGUCACAAUGACGUAUCCCAGUAACGUCACCGAGAUGUGUCCUAGUGUUCUACGAGGCAUGUUGUCAGGAUCUUGGAAAACACGACCUUUGACAGAGAGCGAGGAAAAUGAAAUGGACAUAUUUCAGCACAAAGUACUUUCCAGAUUACGUGUAAGCUCCAGCGCUAGUUUGGAGCUUCCCGACAAGAGGUGUGGAAAUAUCUCCUACCCUGGAGACGGCUGGUUCCGAGCACUGUGCGAACCGAGGGGAACCACUCCCUGUUGUUAUGGCAACGUCUGUCAAAUGAGGACAGUUGAAGACUGUGUCUGUGAUGGCUGCUAUGACCUCCGACCACAAAUACAAGCUGAGUAUUCAACAUGGAUUCCCCAUGACGGCAGGUGUAAGAUUGAAACGUUAACGUCCGUGACAGCAUGCCAACUCCUUCGCGGUGGAACAUACCACUUCUACGGAGACUCUCUGGUCAGACAGAUGUUCCUAGCAUUCAUCAUUAUCCUGAAGGGAGACAAGCUGCAUGGCGGACUCAGGCCUGAUGCCCCUCAAGACGUGAAGAGGAUGUGUGCGGGGAUGUAUGUGUUCCCUGCCAGAGCCUGCCGCAAGUAUAUAGACAUUACCCCAACACUUUGUAACGGAACAGUCAAGGCAGUGUUUCGGGCAUACCCACGCGCUAGUUCAAUAACAGCAAUGGUAAAGGACGUGAAACACCUCCUUGACAAACGACGGUCCAUAAUUCUAUAUGGCUGUGGACUGUGGAAGUUCUUCAACACACAAACCACUGAGAAAUAUGCCAUGGCAGUCAUCAAUACUGUCAAUCACGCGAAGAACCGGACGUGGCCAAAAUUGGUCUGGUCCGGGUUCCAUCAGUUCGGCAUCUGGCGUCGACCCUUUGUGAAGGGGGUAGACAAUGAACACGCCGAGAAAUUCAACCGACACAUGGCCAUGGUGGCAGAGAGGUACAACGUACCUGUGUUUGAUACCUUCAACAUGACCAGAGGUGUCCACAGCGUUGACGGGACGCAUUACGGAGCCGGGGUCAACUUUCUUAAAGCUCACAUCUACAUAAAUUAUAUAAAAGAACUUAAAACACAAGGCAAAUGGGAAUAAACAUCUCGACUGGAAA